AGGAAAUGUCGCUCGUGACGCAACGCCUCCAGCUUUCCCCCACGGCAUUCAGCUCACCGGUAGGCUGGCGGACGAACACAUGGGGCCUCCGUUCUUUGUCUGUCAUACUUGUUUCAGGUGGCCGGUGGGUACAAGCACAUUCAGACCAUCACCAUCGGCCAGCACACCUUCCUCAAAGUCCCCUUCGGCAAGCUGCUCGCCUCACAAAUCGCCGACGGACUCGCCGAGGGCAGGAUCUGUGUGCUUGGGUCGACCAGGACGACGCACCCGAAGGCCUACUGCCUGUGUUAUGACGAGCAUGACGGGAGGUACUAUAUCGCCCAGGUGAGGAUGGGCGAGUGGGACACCAAGCAGAACCACGAGAUCGACGACACGAGCAGGGCCCUACAGGUAGGGACAUGCAUUCAAUGAAGUGGGUGGGGGAGGAGGAAUUAGGGGCUGUGUCGCUGCUGUCUCUCUUUGUGCAGCUGUUCUCGUCUCGCCAGGAGUUUGUCGACUUUGUCUCCAAGCUGACAGACUACAGCUGCUCGGGCCUCGACAAAUUCGGCCCCCCGUACUUCAACCCGGGGGAGGAGUUCCAGGCAAGCGCCUCUCCUCCUCGCCAUCAUUGCCAUGUCUCUGUCAGCCAGCCUGUCUGUCCUCUGUCUGUCUGCCUGAUGUGUCAGCACUUGAGCAUCCACUACCUGGUGAGUGUCCUGGGCGAGUGGGACCGCCAGAAAAAACGCGAGACGCAGGCGGAGAUCGACCGCAACGAAGAGCGCAAGACAGUCGACACCAUCAAGUCCUACUUCCGCACGGUGUACAAGGACGCCUACAAGGACCCAGCUGUCCACAAGGGGAAGACGUUCAAUCCCUUCAGAAACACCCGAUGACUGACUGACUGACUUACGGAGGGCAGACAGAGAGACACGUAUGUGAGAAGAGAAGUAACUGAGAUUUCGGCGUUCUUCUGUGGUCUGGACAAGUGUGUAGCCAUUGCAGAUCGUGUGCAUGGCUGGUCUGUCAAUGCAGUGAGUGAGAGGAAAGGGAAAUGGACUCCCAUCGACCAGCCAAAACGAGAAUUGAAAACGAGACCAUGGUGUCCG